GGCACAUUUCUUAGAACGAUCCAGGACAGCGAUCGGGCAUUGAUAUUAGCAUGGCGUUUUGAUACAGUACGGCAACCGGUUUGGGUCUCCCAAUGCAUGAUGAGGACGAGACAGGCAGAUACCAUGACACCGGCGUCACUCGCACCACCCUUAAAAAAGCAUACGGGCUUGCUGGAGUUGCUUUAUUGCUAUUCCAGGAAAAUUAUUUGCUGGGGGUUUUUUCUGCUGGGUUGAAUUCAAUUCUGGGGCUUCCUGUUGUUAGAUUUGGGGUUUUAGGGUGGAUGGGCUUAAUGCAUAGCCGCAGCAGUAACAUACCAUAGGUACCGGAGGCAGUGAUAGCUGUUCUAAAAAAUGGAAUGAAGAG